CGUGAUAUCAUCUGCUCUAUUUCUCAGAUAAAAUUCGAUAUAUUAUGUGGGUCGGACGAGAUUUGCGAUACCCACUUCAAUCUGAAUCUCUCGAGCCCUUCUACAAAUUUGCUUUUAAGCGGAGAAAGAAAAUACAUUUACAUUGAUGCCAAAGUUGAAAACGUUAAUGAACAUGCAUACAACGCAAAAGCUCAUAUACAUUUCCCAUCCUGGCUUGAGUACGUGACAGUAAAGAAAUAUAACGGUAUCAAUAACGUAACGUGUUCCAUUGAGAGUAACCAACACAAACUAACAUGUUUCCUCGGAUAUCCAAUGAGAGAGAAGAGCACCAUCUCGUUCCUGCUCACAUUCAUAGCCAAUUGGAUGCCAAUACCAAAAGAUCUUGAGGUGAAUAUGUUAGUCACAACCGACAGUGUUGUUCCAAAGGAAUAUUUAAAUAAAACAGUCGCUCUCACAAUUCCUGUGAAGAAGAAAUCCGUGGUGAAGCUUUUUGGAAUAUCUGAACCUGAACUUUACAUCCACAAGAGUAGCAGUAAGGAUGAAUCUAUGAUUAGUCACGCAUUUGUCUUACAAAAUACUGGUCCAAGUGAAACACAAAACCUUGUAUUUGAAACAUUUGUUCCACAUCUGAUCAUACGAAAUAUGACCAUUAUGACUCUCGAUUCAGUGAAGUAUGAUGGAAUGCAUGACCAAAAUAGCAGUGUUGUGUGUACAUCAACUAAAAGCAAUUAUUCUGAGGACGAUAUACAGAAGAUUAAAAAAGAUAUAAUGACAGCUGUAACUUAUGAUUGCAGUUGGAUGAACUGUAUCAACGUCACUUGCAAUUUCAAAGAAUUAAAGACAAAGCGCUCAAAGAAAAUUCAAAUUAACAUUGCAAUAGAAAACAGAUACCUUGAUGUUCUAAAGGGAGAAAUGCUUAAUAUCUACAUAAAUACAACAGGAAAAUUGAAACAAGAAGCUAAACAUUAUAUUAUCAAGGUGCCAGAUGUUGAGAAAACAGUAAGUUUCAUUCAGUCUGACAAUUCUGAUUGUUGCAUGAAAACUUAAUUAUAUAAUUAUGUU